AUGGAGCAGCAGUCAGCGCGUCGUAUCCCGAGGGGGGAACCAGCUACCCCAGGGGCGUAUCAGCAGAUGGAGCGCGAGAACUUUCCCAGCGGCCUCAGCGGAGCGUCCACCCCGAGACCAUUGCGCGCGGCUGCAUUCCCGUCGGAAGUAACCAACGCAGGAGCCACUACCUCCUAUGAGUGCGUUGAAAGUAAGGCGGCAAAUAUGCAUCGGCACGAGCUCAUCCCGUCGGAAGAGAACACCCAGAGGCGCAUUCUCGAAGCAGGAAGUAAGACCCCUCAUACACUGGUGCGGAGUAAGGCGGGUGAGUUGAAAGGGUACGGCACGGAGAGCACGAUUCGAGAUAAUGAAGAGACGUGGUCAGCGUCGGAAGGGGCCAUGGAACGCGUCGAAGACGCUGCGAUAGAAGGGGACAGACGACGCGUCGUGCGCGCCGCAUCAGAAGGUGAUAUCGAACGCGUCGGGCGCGCCACGACGUCAUGUGAAGAACGGCGUAGGAGGCGCCUUAUUCUCGAACACGAGAUGCGAUUGCUCGACAUUGAAGACGAUCUAGGUGGCGAAAGGCCCGUCGAACAGCCUCUGGGAAACAGUGUACCUGCCGUCCGGCGGGAGGCCGAGUUUGAAGAGUGGAUCCGCGGUAUGGAAAAUUCUAUGCAGCUGACUGCCCGCCAAAAAUGUAGCCCUGUGGUGGGCCAAUUCGCGAAGGGCCAUGACCUCUACGAGAGUAACACACGCACACUAAAGCACUCCGCAACACAACAUGGCCAUGCGACGUAUGAGGCACCCGUACAGCAACAAGGAUACGCGACACAAUCGAGGUACGUUGCACCGUACGGACGAGUGACACAAUCAGACUACGCGGUGCAGCCUAGACUCCGGAAACAGGAAGGAUAUGCGACCCAUCCAGAAAACGCACUUCACUACGAGCAUACGGCGCGCCAUGCACACACUCCACACGCGGGUUACGUUCGCACGACACACGGGGCACAGCGGAACACACACAUUUCACACGAGGGCUACGGCCACACAAUGCACGGUACACAGUACAACACUCGGCCACUAAUACACAGCACUACUCUGAGCCAAAGUCAGAUAGCGGCCCGCCAGCCGGUACCGAAGGACUUACCAAUAUUCUCCGGAGUUGUGGAUGACUGGCUAGUCUUUAUAACGGCCUAUGACCGCACAACAGCCUCUUGUGGUUACACGGACGAUGAAAAUGUUACUCGUCUGCUACACGCACUAAAAGGUCCUGCACUCGACGCAGUAGGGCAUCUGUUGUCCUUCCCAGACGGGUUGAAUGAGGCGAUUGAGACGCUACGUUCACUUUACGGUAGGCCUGAUUUGAUCGUAGAAUCCAUGAUCCGCAAGAUCAGAGGAAUGGCGGCUCCCAAGGUCGAGGACCUCUCCACUGUAGUGCAGUUCGGUUUCGCGGUGAAGCGUUUGGUUGGAGCGGUAAAUGCGUCCCGGUUAUUGGCCUAUAUGUAUGACGUGACCUUGCUGAAGGAGCUGGUGAGGAAGCUGCCCCCCGUCUUAUGCAUCGACUGGGCACGAACAAGAAAAACGAUGCAGGAGGUGACGAUGAUUGAAUUCGGAACUUGGAUUAGUGAGUUAGCCAGUGAUCUAUGUGAUGUCAUCGAUAUGACGCCAUCCCCGGAAGUGCAAAACGUAGCGCGGCGACAGCCGGAAACAUCACUAAACCAACAUCGGUACCAGCAGCAGCUUCAGCCCCGUCGUAGUCACCCCCAGCGGUUCCAGCCAGCGAGACCCGACCAACAGCGACCGUACGGUACAGGCCGAGUUCACCCUACCUACUGCAACGCGACGGUUCUACAAGAGGAAAGUGAUGGUGUUUUGGACCCGAUGAGUCAAAUACAAGUGCCGACGACAGCUUGUGCAGUAUGUGGUAACAAUUCGGGGACCGGGACGGGAAACGUUUUCGCACAUACAGGAGCAAACGAUGGUGCUCUGCUGAAGUACGUGCCCAUAUCUCUCCACGGACCUGCUGGGCGCGUAGACACGUACGCGUUCCUCGACGACGGCUCUACAUCAACUUUCAUGGACCAUGGGUUAUUAGCAGAGCUGGGUUUAUCCGGAACCCCACACCCUCUGUGCCUGCAAUGGACUGGAGACAUAAGAAGAGAAGAGAACGAGUCAGUAAAGCUGUCGGUAUGCGUAUCCGCUCCCCACGAGACAUCUACCGUGCACGAAAUGUCGGAAGUGCACACCGUGAAAGAGCUAGCGCUUCCAAAACAAACGAUGCACAUGACUCGUCUAGCUGCAAACUACGCUCACCUGAGAGGUCUACCGGUGGACUCCUAUGAAGAGGCCAUGCCACGAGUUUUGAUUGGCGUGGACAAUUGCAGAUUGAGCCAUCCACUGAAGAGCGUAGAGGGUAAAUGUGACGAGCCGGUCGCCUCGAAGACACGCUUGGGUUGGGUCGUUUAUGGCCCUUGCACCAACGUAAGAUUCACUCCCGAGUCACAACGUAGCCUUCUUCACGUAUGUUCCUGCGAUGGCUCGCCUGAUGAUCGACUCACAGCUGCGGUGAAGGAGUAUUUUAAACUCGAAUCGAUCGGCAUCAGCACAUCGACCAACAGCCUGCAAUCUAAAGACGACGAGCGCGCUUUGGCCAUAUUGGAACGAGAAACAAAGCUAAGAGACGGACGCUACGAAACGGGACUCAUAUGGCGCCGUGACGAUCCAGAUCUACCUUGUAACAAGGCUGCGGCCACAAAACGGUACGUAUGCCUAAAACAAAAAAUGAGUAAAGAUCCCGUUCUAUCCAAAGCUAUCCAGGAGAAGAUGCAAGAAUACUUAGCUAAAGGUUAUAUCAGGAAGCUUGCAGACUCCACAUCGAUUGUACGGCAGAAGAACGAUUGGUACCUUCCAAUCUUUCCGGUAACCAAUCCGAACAAACCCGGGAAAAUCCGUAUGGUUUUCGACGCAGCGGCCAAGGUAAACGGAGUAAGCUUGAAUUCCAGACUUCUUUCUGGACCCGACAUGCUUGCUGGACUCGUGUCAGUGCUGAUGAAGUUCAGAGAGAACCGUGUGGCGAUUGUCGGCGACAUACGCGAAAUGUUCCACCAAGUGGCCAUCAAGGAAAAGGAUCAACGAAGCCAAAUGAUCCUGUGGGACGGCGAAGACCCCGAUGCCGGACCGGCAAUUUACGUCGUGACCGUGAUGACGUUCGGAGCAGCGUGUUCACCCAGCAGUGCACAAUACGUAAAAAACGUGAACGCAGGACGAUUUGCAACAGAAUACCCCAGGGCAGUCGAGUGCAUAGUACAUGAACACUACGUCGAUGAUAUGCUAGCCAGCGUCGAGACGGAAGAGGAAGCUAAAGAUCUGGCCGACGCGGUCCGUUACAUCCACGCGUGCGGCGGUUUCGAAAUCAGAAACUGGGUUUCGAACUCUCGGGCCGUCAUGCAACACCUGCAAGAGGAUACAAAGGGAAAAAAUAUUAGUGCGAACUAUGGUCUAUCCACCGAAAAGGUGUUGGGAAUGUGGUGGAACACAUCAUCGGACACGUUCACAUUCCGCUUAUCCACGAGGCAUGAUCAAGAGCUUUUAUCUGGGAGAAAGCCAGGAACGAAACGUGAAAUACUACGGACACUUAUGAGCGUUUACGACCCUCUCGGACUACUCGGACAUUUUCUAAUGUAUUUAAAGACUUUGCUGCAGGAAGUUUGGCGCGGAGGCACCGGUUGGGACCAAGAGUUGAGCGACCAGACGGCAGGGAAAUGGACGGAGUGGUUACACGUGCUUCCCGAUGUCGAACAGGUGACUAUACCCCGAUGCUAUCGAUGUAUAUCCUCCACAGAUGCCAACGUUGAGCUGCACGUCUUUUGUGAUGCGAGUGAGAAGGGUAUGGCAGCAGUUGCUUACUUCCGUUUCGAGGAAGGAAGGGAUAUGCAUAUCGAAUGCGCUCUGGUAGGAUCGAAAACGCGCGUGGCGCCGCUUAAAUUUUUAUCCAUCCCCAGACUGGAGCUGCAGGCCGCGGUCAUCGGUGCAAGGCUAGCGAAAACCAUAUCGCAAAAUCAUCGACUGUCGAUCGGACGAACCAUCUUCUGGACCGACUCUAAGAACGUCCUGAGUUGGCUUAACUCAGACCACAGGCGCUACAACCAAUUUGUAGCAUUCCGUAUAGGAGAGCUGCUAGAAGGAACCAAUCUGGAUCAAUUGCGAUGGGUUCCAACCAAGCUGAACGUAGCAGACGAGGGCACAAAAUGGAGCAAACGACCAGACCUGUCAGCGCAAGGGCGGUGGUUCCGUGGGCCGUCGUUCCUUUGGGAGCCGGAAAGCGCCUGGCCGAAUCAAGAAGGGGUACCACAACGUACCAGUGAAGAUCUGCGGAAAGGAAUGAACCAUCACCUAGCAGAGAGGCCGCUAAUUCAUUUGGAACGGUUUUCCAGAUGGAACCGAGCGCUGAGGGCUAUGGCGUUUGUGACGCGCUUCAUAACAAACAUGCGUCAUCUAGUUAAGAAGGAGCUGAAAGUGAACGGGCCGCUGACGCAGGACGAGCUAGCGGAGGCGGAGCGUAUAUUAAUACGAUUCAUACAGCAGAAGGCGUAUCGUGGUGAGAUGCAACAGCUGAAAAAUCGGGAGCUGAUAAAGCAUCCGUGGAAGAAGAGGAUCGACAAAGGCAGCAGUCUAUACAAACUAUCGCCCACUUUAGACGACCAUGGGAUUCUAAGAGUGGGGGGACGGCUAACCGAGUGCGUGGGAAUCAGCGAACCUUCCCGCAAUCCUAUAAUCCUGCCUAGGAAGGAGUACGGAACCGAUCUCUUGAUGCAAGCGUACCACGCCAGGUACAAACACGUGAAUCACGGUACAGCUUUGGCUGCACUAAGGAUGCGAUACUACAUCCCAAAAAUCCUGGGGGAAUACCGUCGCAUAAGGAUAAGCUGCCAGAAAUGCAAGGUGGACAACGCGCGCCCGGAACCACCUUUAAUGGGUAAUUUACCGCUUCAGCGGGUCGCAGUGGGUCAAAAUGCUUUCUCGUUCACAGGUAUAGACUACUUUGGGCCCUUUCUAGUCGCCGUCGGACGACGGGUAGAAAAACGAUGGGGCGUCAUAUUUACCUGCCUUACGAGUCGGGCGGUCCAUCUGGAAAUAGCGGCAUCCCUUAACACUGCCUCGUGUAUCCUAGCCAUCCGACGCUUCAUCGCUAGACGCGGAACCCCGCUCGAAAUCAUCAGCGACCGAGGGACUAAUUUCGUGGGUGCUUCGCGAGAGUUGGACGAAGCAGCGCAGGAGAUCGACCACGACGCAAUGAUGACAGUAUUUUGCGGACCGCAAACGAAAUGGAGCUUCAACCCCCCCGGGGCUCCCCACUUUGGCGGCUGCUGGGAACGCUUAGUGCGCUCGGUGAAGAAGGUGCUGAAUCAGUUCGUGUUUCCUAAAAGACCAACGGACGAAAUUUUGGCAUCAACCUUUGCGGAAAUCGAGCUGAUACUGAACUCGAGGCCACUUACCUACGUGCCGCUGGAUGACGAGAUGACGGAGCCUAUGACGCCGAACCUAUUGCUACUUGGGACUCCAGACGGAAGUAAGCCGCCGGCUGUGUUCUGCGACAGCCCCGCGGCUCUAAAAUCGUCCUGGAAGAUGGCACAACACGCGGCGGAUGUGUUCUGGAAGAAAUGGUUGGCAGAAUACUUACCGACUCUCACCCGUCGAACCAAGUGGUUCCAACCCGUACGACCACUCGAGAAACUGCUGGCCAAAGGGUCGCGUUAUAUCGGUAGUGGUGGCUAA